AAAAAAAUAAGCCCCCAAUAUGACACGUAAAUAAUUAAACCUGUAUUUUCUGGUCAUGCUCGGGUCAGUUUCUCCCAUGUAUAUAUAGGUCAUAGCCUCUCAAGUCACAACAGGGAACCGAUCUCUCUAUUCUCUGUAACGGUUACUUCUCUUUUCUAUUUUCCACUGUCUUUUUCUAGAAAAUAUAUAAAAAGAAAAAACGCUGAUCAGUUGUGACUGGAAACUUGACUCCCUGCUUCUUGCCCUUGAAAUGGAUUAUAACAACAACACCGACGACGACAAUGGUGCUAAAGAACCAUGGAAUUGGCAUAGGGAGGAUCAUGAUCUCCAAAAAACUUCCAAUUUUGAAGAGCCAUGGAAUGGUGUGCUCCAAAAUGAAGAUAUUUCCUACAUGUUUGAAGAUGAAACUACACCAGUUAAGGCAUGUGGUGAUUUGGUAUACAAUGUUGACAAUAGUGUUUCGGAUGAUGUACAAAAAGAAGUAGAGGAGGGGAGGGAGACUUCUUCUCAAGUCAAGAGGCGGCGGAUGCUACAAUUCAAUGGCCAGGAGAGGGAUCAUUCUCUUUCCAAGGAAGAGAUGUCUUUGCCAUAUUUUAAAUCAAAUGGGAAGGAGGACUUGAUCAUGGAUGCUUUUCCUGAAGUGUCACAAUGGGUUCCUGGUUUAUCAUCAGAAUAUGCAUUAGGAAAUGCAUCGUCAUCGUCUGGUUAUGAAGACCUUGAGUCCACUGAAGGUUGGCUAGCAGAAUGCCUUAAUGAUACCGAGAUGCAAUUCAGUCCCGAUGAUUUGAACUUUUCAGGGGCAGAGGAUAUUCAGAUUGAUAUUGCAGAGUUGGUUGACAUCACGGCAUCUUCCGAACAAAAUGUGGUUCAGCAGCAGAAGCAGCAGGUCACUCGAACCUCCAAAAAUAUUAUCUUCAAAGGUAGGAAAUCGUUUAUACAGACACCGCCAAAGUUGGCUUCUUCUGUGGUCUAUCCAUUUACUUUUGUUAAGCCUAGUGGUGCUCAUGGAGAUGUAACAUUGAAGGAAAUAAAUCAGCGCAUUCAGACUCCGCCGUCUUCAAAAUCAAAGCAAAGCAAUGAAGAUCCGUCAGCUUAUCCCAAAUCAGCCUUCUCGGGGAAGCCUGUCGUUAACAAAACAAAGAUUCGCACGGAAGGGGGAAAAGGUAGCAUCACGAUUAUGCGAACCAAAGGCUAACUUUUUUUUGGCUCAUCUAUUAAUGGUACUAGUUGAGUUUAUUUUCUGUGUAAUAUAUAGCUGCCGGAUUUUAGAAGUUGGUACUGCAAUGUUUUGUUCUUAUUACCACUUAUAUUACACCGCCUUAGUGUUUAUUUUCUUGUAGUGCAGUCUUACUUCAUCUUCUUCUAGCUGUUAAUUUGGUAAAUGAUUUAUGUAAAUCUGAAAUGUUAGUCCCCAGCUGUUGAGUUGACAAUGUUACUAAGCUUGCCCUUGGCUUUUGUAAUUUGAUACAUACAGAUUUAGUA